AUGUCAAGCACUCCACGUCACCGCAGCGUGAGCACGCGGGCUUGCGAUCGUUGCCGGCGGAGGAAAGCUAAGGUUCGUCUCACCAUUUCCACUUUGGCGGGUACCUGUUCCCACACUAACGCUGAUGCUUCUCGUCAGUGCAAUGCGGCAACUGUCGAGUCCAACGUCUGCACAAACUGCGAGAAUGUCGGCGCGUUUUGCACGUUUGACCUGCCAACAGGCAAGCGAGGGCCAAAGUUCAAACACUCCCGGGCGAGUGCUGCCGUCGAUGAGCUACGCCCGAGUGCAGCUCCGCAGUCUUCACUUGCAUUCCAUGAUUCGAACGCGAGAGGGGCAGAGGCAUCAGCGGCCCCGGGGAGCCGGGGAGGAGGAGCGAUCUCGGCUCCCGAAACGACGACCAUCCCCACGUGGAGUGCGGCUUUAUCCCCUCACGAGGGCGCGACUCCAGGCUCCGUUGUUUCAAUCUCCGAGAGGCACGCCUCCACUCAGCUAGUGUCGUCUCUUCACCGUUGGGUCGAUCUCUCAGCCGCAAUACGCCGUCUGCCAUCGUCGCUCACCUUGGAGGCGAUAGCUGAGAAGUGCUUCAACCUAUUUUUCCAGUACCUAUUUCCCCUGAUCCCGCUGGUCCACGAGACCGGCAUUCGCGAGGCGCUACACUUCUUCGUGACACACAGCACUGGGACUUCGGUCGUCAGUGCCGCCAGUCCGGCGACCGUCUCGCAAUUAUGGAUAUCCUCGUCAUUAAUGCAAGGGACCUCCAUCGGAGGCGCAAACUCUGGCUCGGCAGGUGAUGCCGCUGUGGACAGCGCGAGCAGUCUCCUGCACCCCGAGCUAUGGCCAGACUCGGCCUUCACACUGAUCACGGCCCUCUGUGCUGAGGCUGCUUUCAUGCUGCCUAAGGAGAUCUUCCCCGAAGGCUACCUUGUGGCCGACAUCUUCCUGCAAGCGUCCAGGAAUUGUCUGCAUAGCUAUCUUGAGGCUGAUCUUGAGCACCCAAAUGCGAACUCGGUUGCUAUUCGCUACUUUCAUUCCAACUGCCUUCACGCCGCGGGAAAGCCCAAGUAUUCAUGGCACAUCUUUGGAGAAGCAGUGAGACUAGCCCAGGUCAUGCAGCUCCAGGAAGAAUCGUCCCAUGAAGGGGCGUAUUUCCCCGUCGAAGCGGAGCUGCGCCGGAGAGCGUUCUGGAUCGUGUACCUUGGCGACAAGUCUGCCGCCAUCCUCAACAACAGACCCAUCACUAUCCACAAAUUCUCAUUUGAGUCUGGCAUCACGACGGCGUACCCGUCUGGGGCCGGUGACGAAGUCACCUUCUCUUCUCCGGGACAGCCUGACGCAUCGACUGACGUGGGGAGCUUCAUCACGGGAUUCAAUGCCAACAUCAGACUCUGGCAGUCGGCAUCGGACCUACUGCUUGAGCUAAGGCUGAUCCAAGACCGCCGGGCGGGGACAGGGCAGACGCAGCAGCCUCCGUCAUUCACCCGCGACGAACGCGUCAGGCUGGACGCCCUGUACGUCCGCUUCGCCACAUCCCUCGACGAUCUCCCGCCGUACCUGCAGCCCAUCGUUCUGAUGACUUGGCAUGAGGGCAUGGGCCAGCAGCAACGGCAGUUUGUAACACAGGUCGUCAACCUGCAGGUCACCUAUCACUGCCUACGCAUGGUCAUCGUGCAGAAGCUUGAAGAAGUGGAGUAUCCGGCGCCUGGGGUUGAGCAGGACGACUUGACCAUCCUGCGCAAGACCGAGAUCGCUCGCGACAUGCUGCGCAUCAUCCGUGAGGCGCCCUUUUGGGCGCUGCAGGUCAAUGGGGAGUCGUGUGUGGAGAAGAUCCGGCUCAUCGGUGCUAGUCUUCUGGCGAUCAUCCAUCGUAAUGAGACGUCGCCGCUUUCGGCGCGGGCCCGCGCGGAUUUCUCCGUGCUUCUGGAUAUCCUGACGAGACUUGAUUCUAAGGCCUCUGAUACUUUACGGAGUGGAUCUUUGUGA